UUCACUUAAAUUAAAGCCGCAGCAAAUACUUCCGGGUUUAGUCAUCGAAGUUGUUUAUUUGUUUAAAGUUUAAAUCAUUAAAACAAAUGGCGGCUGCAGAGGUUCAGAGGGUACCCUCUAAUGCAGGGGACAUGGUUAGGUCUGUACUGCAGGCUCCAAUGCCACCCAGUCGUAGCAACAUCGUGACGGGGCCACGCAAUCUAAACCUCACCGGACAUGUGGGCUUUGACAGCCUGCCUGAUCAGCUUGUGAACAAGUCUGUGGCGCAGGGUUUCUGUUUCAACAUCCUCUGUCUAGGUGAGACUGGUAUAGGCAAGUCCACCCUGAUGGACACGUUGUUCAACACCCAUUUCGACUCCACACCCUCCACCCACGACCUGCCAGGUGUCAAACUGCGUGCAAACACGUACGAGCUGCAGGAAAGUAGCGUGAGACUCAAGUUACGUGUUGUUGACAGCGUUGGCUUUGGGGACCAAAUCAAUAAAGAAGACAGCUGGAAGUCCAUUGUGGACUACAUUGACAACCAGUUUGAGGCCUUCCUCUCGGAGGAACUGAAGAUCAAACGCUCGCUCUUCAACUACCACGACUCCCGCAUACACGCCUGUCUGUACUUCAUAGCACCAACUGGACACUCAUUGAAGGCGCUGGACCUAAUGACGAUGAAGAAGCUGGACAACAAGGUCAACAUCAUCCCCAUCAUUGCCAAGGCGGACACCAUCACCAAGGCAGAGCUGCAGAAGUUCAAGGCUAAGAUCAUGAGUGAACUGAAAGCCAAUGGUGUGAACAUCUACAACUUCCCAACCGAUGACCAGACUGUAGCUGACACCAACAAUGUCAUGAAUGGUCAUCUGCCCUUUGCUGUGGUGGGUUCCAGUGACGAGGUGAAGAUUGGAAACAAGAUGAUGAAGGCGCGACAGUACCCCUGGGGGACCGUGCAGGUGGAGAAUGAGAACCACUGUGACUUUGUGAAGCUACGUGAGAUGUUGAUUCGGACCAACAUGGAGGACCUAAGGGAGACAACUCACAGCCAGCACUAUGAGCUGUACCGUCGUCACAAGCUCGAGAAUAUGGGCUUCUCGGAUGACGAAUCCAAGAGCCUUUCGGAAACCUACGAGCAAAAGCGACAGGAGCAUAUCUCUGAACUGCAAAAGAAGGAGGAAGAAAUGAGGCAGAGCUUCGUGAUCAAAGUGAAAGAAAAGGAGGCAGAAUUGAAGGAGGCAGAAAAGGAGCUGCAUGCAAGUUUUGACAGUCUGAAGCGUCAGCAUGGGGACCAAAAGAAGAAGAUAGAGGACAGCAAGAAACGCCUCGAGGACGAGAUAAACCUCUUCAACCAGCGCAAGGCGCAGCACUCUGCCAAUGCCUCCACCCUCGGCAAGAAGAAGAAGUAAACUGGAGUUUGUUGUUGAUCACCUACCAGUCAAUGCUGGCAUUAACUUGAUAGAAGUAGUAAAUAGACAGACAGUAAACUUUUAACAAAAAAUAGAAGAAAAAUUGAGUAUUUUUAAACAAAUUUGUAAAUAACCAGCCAAUCCAUUGUUUAGUUCAGGAAAAAAACAGAAACAACCAAAUUACCAACUAUUCAACCUUCCAAACCAUAAAGUUUUAAUAACAUAUGACUGUGGUAUGAGAAAUUAAUAAUGUGGUUUGAUAAAAAAAUAAUGCAUUAGUCCAGAAGCAAACUACAUUAUAUAUUUUUGGAUGUAAAUUGUAAGUUAAUUUGUAUAAGUAUUAUCAUUGCAAUUUUUUAGGUGGUGUUACAAUUUUUCUGGCUUUAAAAUUGGUUAUGUCAAUAUUCAUAAAAAUCUUUGGAAAAAAAUUGAGAAAUUAUGUAAAAGUCAUCUUUUAUUAAUUUAAUAAAUUACAUGGUGCUAAAAAAUAAUUAUGUGUUUCUGUGUCAACAACUGUACAGUAUAAAUAAAGCCUCCACUUCAAUAACCAUUUCCUAGUAUAAAUAAAAAUAGAUAUAUAAAUUGUGUAUUAUCUGGAUCUGUGGUCAUAACAGGUUUAUUUCAAAGUGCGCUUAGGGCUAACUAAUCAAUUGAAUCUUCUUAUGUAAAGUGCUUAUUGGCAUGCCUUAAGUGCAGGAAUUUAACCCUUUGCAUGCUGGGUAAUUUGUUUUCUGCUAAAAUGUCGUCUGCUGAAUUUCUAAAAUUAGCAUUUUCUUCGUUUUUUUUUUCAAAGAAUACUAUCAGAAUAGCAAACAGUUUGGAUCCUGAUGAGACGCCACGUUCUGUGGCGUCUCAUCAGGAUCCAAACUGUUUGCAAAGGCCUUCAAAAUUCGGUUCCCGCACUGAAAGGGUUAAAUUACAAGUGCAAUAUCUGAGCUGGGAAAGACUUGCAAUUUGUACAAAAGUAUUCAACAUAUUAUCAAGUAUAUUCCUCCAUUUUAAUUUUCUUAAUUUUUCUUAUUUUUGUCCUUAGCAUCAACAGGUGCAGGAAGACAUAUAUAGCAAAUAUUUUGUUUGUUCACUCAUUCGUUAAAAUAAAAAACAUAUUGAUCUUUUUUUCUAAAAGAUGCUUGAAUUAAAUGUGUUUGUGUGCUUUUAUAUUUGAUGCAUGACAAUCUGUGGGACUUAGGGUCUAUAACAAUAAAUGUAUGCAUUCUUUUAAGGCAAAUGUUAUGUAAUAUUUGUAGUUUAUAAGAAAAAAUUAAAUGUACAAUGCUAUAGAAGUCUUAGCACUGAAUGUGUUCAUCAUUUCAAGAUAUUAUUUCUGUUACUCAGCGAUGAAAAUCGACAUGAAUGCAAUCAUUAAACAGAUAUUUGUUAUGUCCUUAAAACUUGUGCGUUCAUUAUCAUCUUUCUGUCAGCCACAAGGGUUACAAAAGUAGCACAGAAAAUAUUCUUUGUGAAUGAGGCCUUUUCUAAAUACACUAUGUAUGUACUAUAAACUAGAGUUAAUGUAGUUUAUUUUAUCUUAAUUUGAAAGUGUUUGUUUUGUGUAUAGAUUGAUGUAUAAGUGUUUAUUAUGUGUUGUAUCUUUUAUUGGUUUUAGUUGACAGGGUUGUACAUAGACGAUCUUGAGAUCUGAAUUGCUUUCUUAUAGCCACAUAAUAUUGUGGAUGUAAUAAUAAAGCAAAAUGCAUGUAUCACACCAGUUUCCAUUCUUCAAACUAUGGCACGUGUUAUUGAUAGGGAUACAUGUGAAACAUCAGAUUUAAUAGUUAAAAUGAUCAUGUAGUGCUUUUCAUAUGACAAUUUACGUCAGCUUGUUUUUUUUAAGGGAAUGAUUUGGUUUAAUCAGCCAUUAAUACAGGGUUGUAUCCUCAUGUAUUUAUUACUGACAUAACUGUAUAGACCAUUUCUUGAUCAUGCAAACUAUAAUCAAAGUUUACAUUCUAUAUAUUUGUCAUAUGGAAGUAUGUAACUUAAGAAUCUCUAUCUUGCCAAUCCAUCUUGCAGUAUUACCUUUAUUCUGACUGGUCUGUCCUCUGAUGCAUCAAUAACAUGCUAUAAAGAAACUGUCAACCAGAGUCCAUUUUCACCCACACAUUUUAGGCCUAUGUGUAUAGAAUAUCCUAAAUUAAAAAUUUGUAUUUUUAAUCAACAUGAAUUAUUCUUUUCUUAAAACAAUUUGAAGCUGAAAUAAAGACAUAUGGAGGCUGUUUAUAUUUCAACUUGGAAGUAUUUGUCCUGAUUCUUAUAUAUUCUAAGAAAAUGGACUCUUGUCUUUCAGCAAACAGCCUCUCUUUCUUGUUUUUAAUAGACAGGCUAGGGGACAGAACCCUUGUGUACAUAACGUCUCUUACGCAUAUACUGCCAUAGGCCACUGUACUUUUAUCAUGCUUUUUGUACUUGUAUUAUGUAUAUCGUUUUAUACAUCUGCAUGCUAUAAAUUUAGUGACUAGAUGGCAUUGUAAAUUGAUUUUAUAUUAUUUGUCUUACAUGUGUUUCUAAUUACUAAGUUUGAUUUGUUCAUUUUAACAUAAUUGUUAUCAUGCAAAAAGCAGCUGUUUGAAAAACAGUUUUGAAUUUGUGGAAAAUAUCUUUCAAGGACACCAUUAACAGUAGCUAAAAAUAUCUUUUUAUUAUAGCUUUUAACAUGUAUUAAUCUGCUUGUAGUUCAAAUAAUGCAUAAUCGCACAAUUAUUUUUCAGGUAUUCAAACUGCUAUAUCAACGCAAUCCGUAUAUUUGUAAGGAUGUAAGCAUUAUAUCAAAUUGCACCUGCAUUUAUGUGUUUAGAAACAUAGUAAACGUAGAUUGUGUUAUGCGUCAUGUAUUUGCAUUUUGUAUUGUGUCAACUACUCAUUGUGGACAAAGUAUAUAUUAAUAAGCUAUUCGUAAUAAAUAAAAUAUGCCUUUAAAAUAAAAUGUGAAAGCUAUA